GGAAGGUCACGAUGUGAUUGGAUCUCUCAGGAACCCCCCAUAUCGCUGGGACAGUCGUCUACCUCCAUGCUCGUGGGUGUGGACGCCAGGAUCAACUAUCUCUGGAUUUGGACGAAACAUUCACGAUCCACCAAUCAUUGACCUGUGCUGUGGGGGAUUCCCCUUAUUUUCCAAGAUGGCGCCGGAGUAUGCCGGGGUAGAAAACUCUUGCUGACUUGGUAGACAGGAGCAUAAGGAUGAUCGUCCUUGCUAUCUCUUUGCUCUUUGUCUUUGGGGUGGUGAGUGGACAGGAUGACUAUUCUGAGGCAAACUCCAGAUGAUCCGCACUUGCACGGCGGACCUCAACUUCCACCUGACCAUGAUCGACGGCGUUUGUCGCACCGAGCGCAACGGGAACGGCUACCUGUGUAUGUGCGGUAAAAACAUGUGCAACAUGGCCACUGGGCGACACGUGACCUUGUGGCGGCCACCGCUGGCCUUGACCUUACUCCUCAUGUGCUACGCCCUCGUGCCGGGCAGGUUACGCCUGGUGUGAAGGUCGUGUGCUGGACUUUCAGUCUCCCGCUUCACUGUGUGAACGAUUGGGAUUGAUUUGUUUUGAGGGUUGUUAUUUUGGCCUCUAGCAACCGAAUUCCAAGGAAUUUUGGCGGGUUUUUUUUUCUUCCGAAAACGAGUUGGUUUGUUUUUCGCUUUCUUCCACUGUCGUCAUUUAAGAGUUACAUGACGUUAUAAAUAUGUUUUCUGAAAACUCAAAACUAUCUUUUGGCUGUGAAAUGUUAAAUUAUAUUUUCUGUUGAUGGCAUCUGGCAUCUGGCAACCUUGGAUGUCUGGGAACUGACACGUCAGGGGAUUUUUUUUCAGAACGUCACCGUAUAUAUGUGCACGUAAUCGGCUUACGUCAUUCACGACUCCGCCUAG